UUUGCUUUGCGUCAGAAAAAAAAUCCAAUAAAAUGUCUAAUGAGUCCAAUUCAUACAAAUUAACUUAUUUUCCCAUAAAAGCUUUAGCGGAACCGAUUCGAUUUCUUCUAAAAUAUGGUGAAAUAGAAUUUGAGGACUUCCGAUUAGAUGUUGCACAAUGGCCAAACGUAAAAGACAAGAUGCCGUUUGGUCAAGUACCCGUUUUGGAAAUGGAUGGAAAAAUGGUUCAUCAAAGCGUAGCAAUCAGCAGAUAUUUGGCAAAAUUGACUAAUCUCACCGGAAAUAACGACUUGGAAAAUUUAGAAAUCGAUGCGAUCGUUGAUACAAUCACAGAUUUUCGAUCAAAGAUAGCUGUUUUUAACACUGAAAAAGAUGAUACGAGAAAAGAGGUGCUCAAAGACAACUUAACCAAGGAAACGAUUCCUUAUUACCUAACAAGAUUUGAUUCUAUAACGGCUGCAAAUGAUGGAUAUUUGGCUAUUGGACGGUUGACUUGGGCAGAUUUGUACUUUGUCAGCCUCUUGGAUUAUUGUAAUGGAGUUCUUAAGAAAGAUAUUAUAGCGGAGUACUCGAAUCUUGUUAAAUUGAGAGAAAAAGUCUUAGCAAUCCCUUCUAUUAAGCAGUGGUUAUUGGAGAGACCGGAUUCUGAAUAUUAAAAAGAAUGAUUUCAUUUGAAUAUUUUUGUAUCAUCUUUAGUAUGUUAAUAAAAUUAAAUUGUUAAUGUGUGUAAACUUUUAGUUGGUAAUUUCAAGUAAAUAAAUUACAAAAAUUUUAA